AAAGAGCUCCACGCGAAGCGCGUGCAAUCCUUACGAAAAGAAUUGGACUACCUCAAGGCGACGGAGUGGAGAUAUCAGCCUAUUGAUCGGUACUUGGAUAGGAGCCAGAGAAAUUAAAAGAUGCUGUCAUUACUCUAUAACGGGAUCCAAUACGCUCUGAACUAUGUAUAUCCCGAGAAGACCGCGGAGGAGAACAUAGAUGAAGUUAUAUCGCGUAUAGAGUGCGCAAACGAGACGAGCGCAAACGUGACUGUAAACAAAAGUGAAAAUGAACUGAACGAAGAGGGAUGUUACUAUAAAACGGGAAGUGUCACUCAAGUCGCCGUGAAUCACGUCCUUAUAGACAAUCGCUACAUGCACGAAAAGCUCGAUGACUUGACUAACAGUCUGAAAGUAGGUGAUAAGAUUCAGUACUUACUGUACCUACGGAACCCUGACGCGGUGCCGAAAGUACGAAAAAUUAUCCAUGUCAUAAAUGACGGCUGGGAUAACCCGAAUAUCAAAUUGGGGGUCGAUGCUCACACUCACAUGAUACCGAGGAGUGUAAUCGCCAAGGUGGUGAAACGCGAGGGCCGAAUCGCCAUUGUCGAGUAUUUCCCGAACGACAUUCGCAUUGACCUUAGCAAAGUGAGCUCCGACUUCAUUCCCGUGGUCGGCGAUUGGCUGACGUUAGAGUCCUUGGUCGAGGUAGACGACAACUUCGCAGAUCUGAGCGGCGAAGUCUUGGAGGUCGAUAAAAUCAGACCGUUGCGAUCCAAGAUAUACAACGGUGUGAUAUCGAAAUACGAUCCGGAAACCGAAGUCGGAGUAAUUGAUAAGCACGUGAUUUUUUACAAGCGCGCGUGCAAUAUGGGUUACAUUCCCUGCGUUGGUGACAAAGUAGUGAGCGAUAGUAUAGAAAGCGAACAAGGACUGUACAAAUGGAGAUCAGUGGAAGUAGUUCCGCUAAACCACGCUACAAAUAAAUCCACUGAAUUAUCAGCGAUAAGUAAUAUUUCUUCCACAUUAGACCCUAAUGACUUACAAAACAAAUAUGGUGUUGUCAUAGAUGACGAAUUAAACUUCAAUUUGAAUAUAAAAGAAGAAAGCACCCUGACGGUCUCGAUACGAAAUAACGGCAGCUAUAUUCACUUGUUAUUAAGUGGUUCCUUCGUGCCGCAGAAAACUCCGUCUCAAUUGUCACUAGUGUCACAUACAAAUACAGAUAUUAACACAGUGAUAAAUCCUUCCGAAAGCAUUACUUAUACAUUCAAAUGCAUAGCGAAAUUUCCCGGUACGUCCGAGGAAAUAUUCAUCUUUAAUUUCAAACACUUCAAGAUAGCUAGAGUGUUUCGCAUAACUGUCAAUACAAGGAACAUCUCGCAAAAGACCAGUUCCGCUGUACAAAAACCUUAUACAGAUGAGAAAAUUAAUUCACUUGACGUGGACGAGCUAAUUGAAACUACAUGCAUCCCUGGAGUGAGACCUACCAAAUCGCCUGCGUUUAUCAAAGUACGCUUUGGAAUGUUCAAAGUACCGCGAUACGUUUGGAACGCGGUCUUGGAUGUUAUGCAGAGUAAAAGAUCGCAGGCAGAGUCAGAGAUCGCUAUCGAAGAGCGGAUACCUUGUCUUCUAAAUCCGCUCACCUUCGCGACAUAUAAGGAGCGUUUCCAUAUGUUAUUGUAUCUGGAGCAGAUAGCUCAAACGCUCUGUUUACAAAGAUACAACAUGACAAGCGCGGUAAUGCGACGGUGCGGUGAUUAUCUUGCGCUCGAAAUGUCAGGAUUGUCAGAAAAACGGCCUUCCCUCAUGGUUGGCGAUAAAGCUGUAGUAUCUUUCAGUUGGAGUAACUCUAAAGGGAAACUAAAAUACGAAGGCUACAUUCACAAAAUCAAAAGUACACAGAUCCUUUUGAAAUUUAACGAAACAUUUCAUCAAAAAUACAAUGGCGAGGAUUGUCAAGUGACAUUUCAAAGCUCGCACAGUACUAUUCAACGUUGUCAUUAUGCUGUUAAUUUAGCUGUCAGCCAUCUUGGAGUUGACUUUCUGUUUCCUACCAGAGUGGUGCAAAAAGAGCCACAGUUCCAUUUGGAAGAGUAUGAGGCCGAAGAGACUCCCACUCGCAAGCAAGCUCGUCACAAGCAUAAAUCUACAUCUUCUGGCAGUUCCUCUUCUAUCAAUAGUACGGCUUCCGAUAGUAGCGCUAAAGUGUCUCCAAGAAUCGCGGUAGCGGAAAGACUUUUUAAUUCUAAGUCAAUUGAAUCGUCACUCGAAGAAACAACGACGUCAGUUACGAGAACAGGAAUGAAUUUCCAAACAAAUUCGGGAAGAAGUGCCAACGGUAGUAAAACUAACAUUGCUAACGCCACACUUUCAAGGACGCCAAGUAAAUCGAUCGCUCCAACUAACAAUGAACUAGAACCGUACAUUAACCAAUUAAAAAAACGGAAAUUACAAUGGUUUAAUAAAAAAUUGAAUUAUUAUCAAAAGGAGGCUGUGAGAAACAUAAUAUUAGGAUUAGCGCGUCCAUUACCCUACGUUAUAUUUGGCCCGCCUGGAACUGGAAAGACAAUAACUAUAUGCGAGACAAUCUUACAACUUUCGACCGUGAUUUCCGAAAGCAGAAUCCUCGUAGCAACGCCGUCGAAUAGCUCGGCGAACUUAAUAACGGAACAUCUGUUGGACAGCAACAUACUUAAGCCGGGCGAUUUGGUUCGAUUGGUAGCUUAUCAUUGCCUUAGUAAUGAUUCUAUACCCGAGAAACUGUUACCUUACUGCGCCACAGCAGAAUUAGCUGCCGAGGGGACGGCCGAUCGUUUCCAUCAUCACGAGAACGGAAUGAAAAUGAACUGCACCAAGUCCGUGUUAGGUCGCCAUAGAAUUACCGUCGGCACCUGCAGUACGUUGGCGCUGUUGCACAACAUGGGUUUUCCCCACGGUCAUUUCUCGCAUGUUUUAAUUGACGAGGCGGGUCAGGCGACCGAACCAGAGAUCAUGAUUCCCCUGAAUUUCAUUCAUUCCGAUUACGGCCAGGUGAUACUCGCGGGUGAUCCGAUGCAACUUGGUCCCGUCGUGCAGAGCAGACUGGCGAUGUACUUUGGACUCAGUGAAUCGUUCCUAUCGAGGCUUCUACAUCACUUUCCUUACCAGAGAGACCCCGAGGGAUUCAAGACUGGCUACGAUCCCAGGCUCGUUACGAAACUCGUGAUGAACUAUCGAAGCUUACCAGAGAUACUGCAUCUACCAAACAUGAUGUUUUAUGAUUCCGAAUUAAAACCGCAAAUAUCGUCUGAGAACAGUCACGAAGCUAAACUGUUGGAGAAGCUGAGAGCGGAGCUGCCCAACAGAGAUGGAUCGCCACCGGCCAUAAUCUUCCACGGAGUCAACGGUGAGAACUACCGAGAUUCCGAGAGCCCGAGCUGGUACAAUCCCGAAGAAGCGGCACAAGUGUAUCUCUAUUUGUUGAAGUUGUACAAAUACGGAAUUAAGCCGAAUAGUAUAGGAGUUAUAACCCCAUAUCAGAGACAGGUGACGCAAAUCCGAGAACUGCUGUUGGAGUUAGAUCUUCAAUUGCCAAAAAUCAGCAGUGUGGAAGGAUUUCAAGGCCAAGAAAGGAGCAUAAUCAUUAUUUCGACUGUCAGAUCGUGCGAUGUUCUAAUUGAAGAAGACAUUAAGCACGCCCUAGGCUUCGUUUCUUCGCCUAGGAGGCUCAACGUCGCAGUCACUCGCGCUCGCGCUCUACUUAUUAUCCUGGGAAAUCCAAAAUUAUUGGCUUUAGAUCCGUACUGGAGAAGUAUUCUUACAUAUUGUAUCAAUCAUGGUGGAUAUACAGGAUGUAAUUUUUUACCUUCGCAUAUAACAGAUCUUAAUGUAAAAAUUAGAACUUAAAUAAUAUCCCGUAACAUAAUUGCGUUAAGAGUGUGAUAUACAUUGGUAAUGUUAAGACAUAAUUAUAAUUAUUGUUUUAUAAUUAAAAUUAUAAUACAUAAUUAUAAUUUCCAUAUUAAAGCUGGUAUGACAUAAGAACAAGUGACUUUUCUGGCACGCUUUUAUUAUGAUCGAACUACUAAUUUACAACAUAUUAAAACUAGAAUAUUUUUUUUAAUUCUUGUAUGAAAUAUAUCUAUUUUUUAUUUUUAAAAAUUUUUUAAUAUAUAAUAGGAUAAUUAAUAAUGAUUUCUAAUCUUCAAAAUGUUAAAGACACAGGGAUACAAUAAAUAAAUGCGAUGUUUUCUCUUAUAAAA